CUGCAUCCAGAAAGGCAGCAUUGUGAGGGGCGUGGCCUGGGGACGCGUUACCCGGGCGACCACCAGCUGGGCGGCCCAGACUUGAUGUGGGCGUAGAGCCGGAAAGGCGUGUGUGAACAGCGGAAGCGAAGACGGCUUGCCGGACCCCAUCCCCCGGUCCCCUGGGGGCUAACGGGUGGCCUUGGGUCGGUACCGCAGGAACUUCUGCAAGACUGCCGAAGCCUCCGCCGCUAAGGCGGCCUCCUGCAGCGUAACUGCCGACAGGAAGCCGUGCGACUCCCUUUAUCAACGUUCUUAAAAUUUUAACCUGACUUAUCCUUAUUGUCAACUCCUGGAACCUAGCUAUAAAAGCCUGCAUGAUCCACAUUUAAAAGCAUACUACAGGCGAAAAGCUAUCCUGAGGAGAUUAAAGAAAGGUGGCCACAUCACUAGCAAUAAUAAGGUCAGUCAUAUGUACCUUAAAGGAAUUGAAUAAGUACAGGCAAUAUCUGACCAGUUUAAAAUUAGACUUUGAAAGAAACUGUAUAAGAGAACAAAAAAUGACUGAGAAACAAGUAAACAAAUUGUGUGAUACCAAGAGAGCCUAUGACAAUACACAGUUCCAAGAUUGGCUGUUACAGGAAAAUACACAAUCAACUCCAGACCAAGAGCUGUUAAUAAAGCAGAGAUAUUUAGAUAUGAUUCGUAGGGAAUUAAACAAGGCUGAGCACACGGCUGAAAAGCAGAGCAUACACCCGAUGAAGAAAGAAGAAAAAAGACAUCAGGAUAACAUUAGAAGAAAACUUAGUCUCCGUAGACAAAUUGAACAGGAAUGGAAAAUGAAAGAAAUGUUACUUCUGGCAAAGAUUGGAGAAGAAGUAAAAAGAGAAGCAAGAGUUGAGGAACAACGUCAAAAAGUCAGAGAAGCAGCCCACCAGAAGAAACAAACACUUCUAGAGAAAAAAAUCGCUUAUCAUUUACGAAAAAUGCAAAGGAAUGACCUUCAGAGAGAAGGAUCAGAGGGAAGUAUGUUUGAAGACAAAGAUGAAGAUGAAACAAAAGCUCCUUAUCCAAAGGUCAAGGAACCGAGUGCCACUGCCAGUCACCAGAAGUUACACCAAGGACAAAAACGACCAUCUCACCAUUUGUUUAGUUCUGUAAAGAUUUCUGACAAAGCAUCAUUAACUUCAUUACCUUCUCAGCAUAAUGUACGGAGGAACACAACAGAACAAAAGAAAGAUAGAAGAAUGAUUAGAACAUCAUAUUCUUUAAAUGACAAAGAAACUACAAGCACUUCACUUCAAGCUCCAGAUGUUUCUGCUAAAACAGCAAAUGUCUAUAGACACACUACACGGCAUAUUUCGAAUCGAGAGGUAACAGAUGCUGAUUUGAAUGGGAAGAAGGCCAAGAAAACAACUGUAAACUUUCAUGAAAUCAUCCCUUCUCACAACUCAUCAACUGAACAACAAAACUACCAUCAAAAUCGCUGUCAAGAAAAAGAAUUGAGCAGAUGCUCUGAUAUAAUCUCCAGCAUGGUGUCCAGUGUGACCCAGCCAGGUUGUCAAGAGGUGACUAAUAACAAGGGGAAAACUACUGUGCCCAAAACAGGAACCACAAAAGGAAAGUGUCUAAAUAAACUGAAAACCAUGGCUUCAGAUAUCCUUGAAAUGGUUUUUGCUACAUUGGAAGGGUUUGCCAAUAAAAGUUUAGAAACUCUGGGCACUGUGAUCAGUGGAAAUAAAAAGAACAACAGGACAUACUGGGAAAGUGGAAAUACCAACAUUUGUGGUAACGCACUUGAAAAACAGUUGCAGUCGACUUUAUACAUGCAUGCAAAAAAAGUGUCAAGUACUAUUUUGAAAGCUAUUCAAACUGAAUUAAAUGUGAGCUUGCCAGAUUUGGAAACGUGCAUAAGCAAGCCACUACAGGAGAAACAAAUGCUGAAGACUGUAGUCAAUUUCAUUUUAGAUGCAGUUUCUCCAGAUGUAUUUAAUGAAACUGAGCCAGAAGAGAGUGGCAUUGAAAAUUACAGAUACAGGCCAACCUAUGGAAAUUUUCUUCCUGGAGGAGCGGACCCAGACUCAUAUUUAGAAGAUCCUACGGAUACAGAGAAAGAAAAUGCUGGAGAGGAAAGACCAAAAGAAGAAGAAACUAAAUCAGAUUCUCUUCAGCAACGAGAACUAGAAAGAACAUUUAAAAAAAUUGAAGUAGAACUCAAAGAGCCACAAAAGUCCCCAGUUGUGCCCAUCAUAAGAAAUAUUUUGAAUGAAAUUUUUCAGAAUGAUUUAAUUGAUCAACUAAAAAUGCAUCCUCUUACCCAGUCCCAUUUAUGUGACAUUCCUCAUGCUGGUGAUGAGCCAGUUGCUCAAACAUCUGUUCAAUCCCUGGAUAAAACAGUGGGCCCUUUAGUGUCUGAAGCAGAUGUAACCAUUGUUGCAGAUAAUGUUGUUAGAACCAUAUUUCAAAAACUUUAUUCUGCUGCCAUGACAGAUAGAAGUGUAAAUGAAAAGUAUAAUACUGUCACUUUUCCAGCAAAUCUCUCUUUGCCUGAAUAUGCCAGUGGAGGAAAGGCUCCUGUUUAUUCUGCCAUACUGGACAGAAAUCCGUGUACACUUCAGUCCACAUUCAGUAUUGGUAAACUGACCAAAAUAAAUGUAGUUGAAGAUAUUAUACAGUCAGUAUUGACAAGUUUAGAAACAUUUGCUACUUCUAAAGUAAAAGCUCUCUUUUGUCCUCAUGUCAGUUUCACAGUUCCAAUAGCUUUACCUUUACAGCGGGAUGAGACUGCUUUAAGCCAGCCACGGAUAUCAACCAAAGAUUCAUAUUCUGAUGAUCAAUUUUCCUAUUGCUCAGUGGAUCAUAAUAAGUCAGGAAAGACCACCUCAGUGUGUCAACUGACUACUUCUAAAUUAAAUAUAUAUGCAAUAGAAGUGGCUAGACAAAUUUUACAAGGAAUCAAACACAAGUUAGAUAAAGAAAUAAAAAGUCCAUUCUUAACUCAUAAUGUUGUGGGUUCUGAAAGUAUUCCAAGUCAGAUUGUUAACACACUGUUAGAUACUGUGUCUACUAAAGGCAAAUAUGAAAAAAAUACAUUUGACAGAGAGACUGAUCCAGAUCGGUCAGAAGAUAUUGUUGAAAAGCUGUUCAGUAAAAGUGAUUAUCGAAAAAAACUUCAGUCUCAAAUACAAGAUACCAUUGAAGGUAUCUUAGUUGACAUCUGUGAGGAAACAAUAGAUGAGAAUAAUCUCCCACUUGCUGUAUCCACUUUUAAAGGUAAUAUAAGUGGGAGACAUUUAGAAGCAUACUCUGAAACGGACCCUGAGUAUGCAAGUAAGGCUAUUCUAACACUUUUAGUUCCUAAGGAGUGUGUUACUAUGAUUUCCAAUGAAAUGGUAGAUAUUGUUCUUCAAAAUCUCACUUCUGCUAUCAUUCUUGACAUAAAUGCGAAGGAUUCCAUUUCUCCAAGAUUUCCCCUGAUAUUUUCUGGUGCGUUGCCCAAAGCAGAGCAUCAAAAAUCCCCUGUGAUAGACUCAGUGAAUGAAAGGGAAAAGGGGAGAUUUCUAUCUGCAAAAAAGGAGAGAGAUGUACAGCUGGAAUUAGCUUAUUCUGAUGAUAAUCAGACAACUGUACUUAAGAAACAAGAUGCCAAGAAAUCUCCUGACCCUUGUGAAGAAAAUGCUCACUUCAUUACUAAAAGUAUCUUGAAUAGGUUAAAAUCUUUUGCCACAGAAAGAAUAGAUUUGCUAUUUAUUCUUGAUACUGAGACUAGAGAAAAACCAUAUGUUGGCCCAGAAUUUACAUAUUGUAAACGAGACGACAGCAUAUUUCUUGAAUCAAACCAAAUGCCACUAGAUGUGAAUAUCCCGAAAAUAUCAACAGCUAAAACCAUUCUCAGUCAAGAGGUCACAAAUUACACAUUUGCUAAUUACAGAGAAAAAAAUGGACCUGCAAUUCAUAUAUCACCAGCUGGUCUUAAGGAAUAUGCUGACAUAAUCGCCAAGACUAUUUUGACGCUUAUAAAAAAUGAUGUAGACCUAGAAAUCCAAAAGAUGUAUUCAUAUCAAAACAAUACUUCAUUCCAAGAAAACAUCAUUGCAAGUAAUACUGUCAACAACAUCUUAAAGAACUUACAUGAUAAAAAAUCUUUAAAUGCAAGUGGUUUUUACUCAAAGUGGGACCCUGGUCUUUUUACACAGCUAGCUCUACAAAAUGAAAUAUUGCCAGGUCAAAGAAAGAUGGAAGAUAACACUGAACUGUCUCUAUGUUCAAAAUAUUCUGAUCAAAACCAAGUUAUAUCAGAAGCCGAAAACCAGAAAAGGGUUUUGGAGGAAAUAUUUAGAAAUGGAGAAUCUAGAAAGGAAAAAACAACUGCUUUGCUAAGUGCAGUUACGGAAAUUUUAAAGAAGGUGUAUCAAAGGGUAAUGGAAGACAUAGACUAUUGGCAUCUAUUUAAUGAACUCCCCCACUUUACAUCUGAUAAAAUUAAAACAUCAGCACGAAAAAAAGCCUUCCAGUCACAUAUAAGCAGUGUUGCGAAUGACAUAGUUGAAAGUGUUUUCAGAAAAAUGUUCUUAAUAAUUAUGACAUCUUUAUAUGAAAACAGUGAGACCAGGGGAGAAUUGGAAGUAUCUGGAAGUGAUGAAUUACUGAUGAAUCCAUCAUCCUUUAGUGAACUGAAACAAGAAGGAAAAAGAAGUGUACCCCCUGAAACUGUGAUACCACAACUUUAUUCUUACACAGGCAUCAGAAGUGUCACUUCGUUGAAAAACACCUUAUUGCAAUUUUCUCCAUUGCAAGUGGGUGAAGAAUUGGUGCAAAAGGUUCUCAGAAAGAUCACAGAUUUUGCUUUGCUGAAUCUAGGAGAGAGUUCGUCCCCUAAAAGUCAGUCUGAUGAAAUUCAUUAUCUGAGGACAUGCGAUUCUAAAGCUAGUCCCAAGGACAGCCCUAAGACAAGUUUUAAAAUAAAUUUUAAAACAAAAUCAAAAGUUACCUCUUUGGCUAAGUUUGGAACAAAACCACAGCUAGGACCUAGUGGAACUAAAGCCAAAUGGAAAACCAAGUUAGGUCCUAGAGAGAAGACUCUAAGAAGCAGGUGGUCCAAGACUGCCAUUGGACUACCACACCUGCUAUCAAUAGGGGAUGCCAGAAACCCCUUAGUAAGAGCAAAACUCCCCACUGUGGAACUAAAAAUGUAUGCCAAGGAUAUAUUAAGUAAUAUUCUGGAAACAAUUGUAAAUGAAUUUGAAGAAGUGAGGCAGAAUAGAGCAAUGGUAGAAGUAAAUGCUUUACCUUCUGAUCAAAUCGUGACAGCAAGUGAAAUAGUUAAUGCAGUUUUGCAAGGAUUAUAUGCUACAGAGAGCAAUUUGGCCAACCCAAUAAAAGGCGCAUACUCAGAUGAUCUCAAACUUUCACAGGGGUAUUUUAGUACAAUCUCUCUUGCAAAUCCAGAAGCCCAUUUUUCUUUGGAGAAUGUUUCUUCACAACUCAAAAAAAUCUUUCCUAAAGAAGAUAUUUUUAAACAAAUGUUUGAUAAAUGGCAAACAGAAUCAAGUGACAUGGAUAACGAAAAAUAUAAGCUGUUGAUGGUAGCUGAAACUGUUUUGAAUGAAAUUUCAGUGAAAGCAAAAGAAUUAGAACAAUCUGUUUCACAUUUAAAUUUGUCACUUCCUGGGCCUUGUGAAAGCAGGCACCAUAAUUUUAAUGGCACUGCUUCUAGAACUGAGGGUUCCCAAGCACAAAUUAAUGUAUUUGGCCAGGAAAUUGUUGAAAAGCUAUUUGAAAAAUUAGAAUUGUGCUUCUUGACUCAGAUGUUUACAACAGAUAGUGAUGAAACACUAGAAAGCAAAAAAGAAACUACUGCUAGAAGUAAAUGUGGUUCAUUAAGAACAAACAACCUCAACAAUGUACCAACUUAUAACACAAAGUUGAAAGACAAAAAGGUGGGGGGCUCUGGCCACCAAAUCGCUCAAGAGAUCUUAGAAGGGGUUCUGAACACCUUAGAGUCAUUUGCAGACCUGCAGUUUAAACAUGUCUUUACACAUGCUUUUUCUGAAAUUGUGAGAACACCUAUUGAAAACUUUUUUGCUGUACAACAGAAACCAUUAAUGAAAACGAUAUUGCCCAGGUUACAGCGACUGAGUAAGUUUCCUGAUGAAUCUAAAUCAAGUAGUAUGAUUUCCCAGGAAAACAUACAGAAUAUACUUGUACUGCUUUACUCAUUCCAUUCAGAAUUGCUUACUUAUACUGUUAAUACUGUCAAUGACAUGCUUGGUAUAAUUAAGAACAAACUAGACAAGGAAAAAUGCCAAGUAGAGCCAUAUUCAACUAGCAUAUUUGAAGAAAACAUUGUAGCAAGUCAGAACAUCAGCACCCUGAUGGACCAGUGCACUUAUUUCUAUGAGCUGAUGAUCAAAAGCCAUCCAAAGGAAAGUCUGCUUCAAGGAGCUAUAAAUGCCUGCACUGUUAAUUGGUCCAGAUUUGCAAUCGGAAUGGGAAUGUCCACUUCAGAGUCAAAGGGAGUUAGCUGCUGGGAUGAUCCUCCACAAAUCCCUGGCUUAUUGUUUUAUUCAGAAGAAGAUAAGAAAAUAAAGGACAAGACUUCCUCAAGUAUACCUUCGUGUGUCAGAUACUCUGCAGGAGAUACAACUAAAGCCACAGAACCAAUGGAAGGGCUCAAAUCAGAGCUUAAACCAUCAUAUUCUAGAAGUGAAGCCCAAAUCUUCAGUCAUUUUAAUCAAGCUGUGAAAGGAAAGUGCUCUCUCCUAGAAAGCACUAUCUUACAGAAACCAUCUCAGAAAUCCAGUGACUCUGCACAGGCAGCGCUAGAGCACCCCAUGUCCUUCACAGAAAUGGAAGAAGGUGAAAGUCAAAAAGUGCUUCACUGUGAGCCCCCCAAACCAGUUGUUCAGCCAAACCAAAUACAGACAACCAUUUCUCCACUCAAAAUAUGUUUAGCUGCAGAAAAUAUUGUCAAUACCGUGCUGUUGAGUUAUGGCCUUCCAAGUCAAACCCCACACACUAAUGAAAGUAUAGAAACUGUGAAGCCAUUUUUAAUAUCAAAGGAAAGACCUUUCUCUGUAAUAUCUGAAGAACAAAAGGAUGAGAAAAGCUUGCUUAAAAUUUGGGAAAAAAGAGUCAGCUGUGAAACUGAAGAAGAAAACAAAAGCUUUGUGGCAAAUGGAGAAGAUUCCACUUUACUGGAAAAGUGGAAAAAUAAAUACCCAAAGUUAGAGAAAAUAGCAGAUCUUGAAGAAGCUGAAGUCAUCGCUUUUGCAGAUCAGGAGCUGGGACCACAUGAAACCCAUUUAGUAGCAAGAUAUGUUACCACAUCUGUGGUCACUUAUUUCAAGAACUUUGAAACCAGAGGUGAGUGAUGAUGACUUUAAAAGAGUUAGCAUAAUUUUAGGGGAAAAAGUAAAUGAUAAUUUUAAAAAACUACAUUUCUGCUUCUCUGAAUAUAGCCUUAGAUUUGGGGUGGCUGUUCAUGGUGUGAUUUUCAACUGGUCAGUAUGCUAAAAAAAAAAGUGACACGUUUACAUAAUUUUUAUAUGGAGGAGUGUUUUUCAAUUUUUCUUAUCUACAGAUGAGGUUAA